AUGGAUCCAACCGACAUCUACGGCAUUUGCAUGGGAAGCGCAAUUAUCCUUCUUGCACUUUUUUCAAUUUUUCAGCCAUUAUUACGCUCGUUGAUUGAAUACCUUCGCCGCUUCCUUCUCCGCCAAAUCAAUCUUUCUUUCCUUCCACGGUGGCUUGGAAGGGAUCUCAAGCUUUCAAGAUACUGCGGCUUAAAUGUCAUCCUCUACAUCAAUGCCAACAUAUGCCUGCUUACGAUUAACGUGGCAGAUCAGUCUGACUUCAUACGUAGGCUUGGAAGGGCGGCAAUGAUCAACCUCAUUCCUCUUUGCAUAAGUGGACGCGUCAAUCCACUCGCAAAUAUACUUUCGAUCCGAGUUGAAAGUUACCUUCUCACCCACAAAUGCAUCGGGACCGUUUUCAUCAUCGAGGCAUCACUACAUUCCAUUUUGUCCUGGACCCACGGCACGGCCAACAUUAUGAAAGGGCAGGACAAAGCGGGGCUAAUUGCUGUAAGCUCAAUGGCAGCCAUUACGUUGACCUCCAUCCCGAUCAUCUGGCGAUGGAAGUAUGAAUUUCUAGCCACUCUGCAUCUCGCGCUCGCAGCAACAGGGGUUGCAAGCCUUUGGUUUCAUCUAACACCAGCCGGUGUCUUGGAGACGCCCGGACUCUAUCUUAUCUUGACGAUAACAGCUUUUGCAUCCGUAAAAUUGAUCAGAUUAUUCAAGAUGCUACUCACGAAUAUCUCUACUGAUUCUAUCAGCACUGCAAAUAUUCAUCAGAUCGGACACGGCGUGGAAAUCCAGGUAAGUAUGCCCCGUCCUCUCAAGUACCGUGCUGGCCAGUUUGUGUUCUUGAGCAUUCCACGGCUUGCUGCGUUCCAAUUACAUCCCUUCCAGAUUGCUUGGGAGUAUUUGGGUGAAGGUGGAUGUCAGGUCAUAGUUUUCAUUAUUCAGCCGCGUCACGGUUUUACGAGCCGGCUUCGUCUGGCGGCUCCGAUGAGAGAUUAUGCGGCCUUAGUAGAAGGCCCCUAUGGAAGAUCAAUCACAACAGAACAGUACGGAACGGUUUUGCUCUUCGCCACAGGUAUUGGUAUAGCAGGACAAUUACCCUACAUGAAGGAGCAACUUCACCUUUACCGAGAGUGGCGAACGCAAACCCGACGACACGUUUUAUUUUGGGAAAUGGAGGCUGAAGGUUUGGCUCAACUUCAGUCUUGUUUUUAUAUUUUUUAA